AAGAAUGAAGUUAGCUAGCCAGUCGACGGCCGGCGGUUCAGUUGGUUCAUUAAACUUACCGAGCAGCGUUCUUAUAUUAAUGUAUGUGAUAGACGUCGUGUGUACAAUAAAAUAAAAAUUAAAUAUUACUUGUUCGAGUGCGAUCGUAGUGUCAUACAUUUAUAAAUAACAAACGCGCAUGAAAGUCAUAUGAACCUGCGUAUAAUAGUGUAAUUGAUUAAUAUAAAAAUGUUAUUUUAUUAGUUUUCAUCAACUUUCCUCGAUAAUAUUCUAGCUACAAUAUUAAAAUAAUAUUGCAGUGAAUGAAAAUAAAUUCGAUUUUAGUCAAUAAAUGAUGAUCCCUCAUCAACCAUUCAGGACUAGUUUGAUUUUCACUACUGCUGUCAUUUACGUAUUGAUUUCCCUGGUGUCCAAUGCUAAUGGUCAAAUAGAUUGCUAUGAGUGUUCGGUACAUCCACCAGAACCAUAUCUGAACCAAACGAGCAGAUUGUGUUCGAAGUUUGAUGGUUCCGAUCACUACAAAGUCCACUGUCCAAAUUCUACAUAUUGCAUGAAAAAAUCGUUUCAACUUGAACUACAGGCCGGAAAAAUCGUAAAAGGAAAUGUGAGGGGUUGUGCGUCACAGAAAUACGAUUAUCAGGUUUACAAGAACGGGUCGUGGAAAGUCGAGUCAGCCGUCGAGUACGAUUCGCUCAAAAAAGGAUGCUUUUCUGGCAACGAUGACCAACUGAGGACAGCGGAAACGCAGUUCUGCUACUGCGACGACAACCUUUGCAACAAUGCCAAACAAACUACGAACUUUUCCAGCCAUACGGAUACGAUUGCCGUGAUCAUCAUUUACAACAUUAUGAGGUUUCUAAAAACCCACACGCAGCCGGCAUAACAUAACUUUCGUAUACGUCGCGUGGCGUUUAGAAAUUUUGGCCAACUGUACAAAGACUAAAUAUAUAAUAAAUGAAAAAACAUAAAAUGCUAAAACAACAUGUGACGUGGAUGAGGACAUAGGCAUUUUUGGUUUUUUAAUAUACUAAUUGGACCAACGUCCAAAAUGUACGUUGUUAUCUUAUUGUUAUAAUAUUAUAAUAAUUUAUUUAACAUCUAUUUUUCGUUCAAAUCUAGAUUUACCUAUAUCUUAUAUACCUACUACAAUAGAGUUAUAGUCGAUUGUACAACGAAUACACUAUACGCGAAAAUAACACUAAGUUGGUAUAAUAUGAUAUUAAAUUUAUCUAUAUUUGAUCAAUGAUCAUCGACUAGAAGAUAUAAAAUUAUUGUAAGAGAAUAUUAUAAUAGAAAUCUAUGAUAAAACAAAAU